GUAGAAAGACAAAGAUCCCCAACCAUGCGAGCGACAAAGAAGCCGUUGACCCUACGCUACCGCAAGAAGGUCAUCGAGGACAGCCCGCCCGCGAAGCCUACGCCGAUGGCCGUCGCGACCAAGCUGCUGGCGCCAGCUGCGGCGACGCCCGCCAUCGUCUACGUCGUCACGAUCAGCGACUUGCAGUUCCACCCGCCGCGCCUCAUCGUGCCCAUCGGCAGUACGGUGCGAUGGCAAGUCGGCGCGGCGAACGAGGCCGUGCACGCAAUCACGUUGGCGCUGGGCGACGCGUUCGUCGACUCACCGACGCUCGACACACCCGGCGCUGUCUUCGAGCACAAAUGCUCGUCACUCGGAACGGUCUCGUAUGGCUGCAAUUUGUACUCGUUCAUGACAGGAUCCAUCGUUGUCGUUGCGUCCUUGUCGACAACCGAGGCAAAGAGCAACCAGUGCUACGCAGACUACCCGCGUCGUGCAACCCAGCCGCGUCGACGCCCUUCGUCGUCAGCAAUGGGACCGUUCCAGAAGCAACUGGCCGUGUGGAGGGCCAAGCAGCCGAAAGCACAGCUGGACGCAGAAGGAGAUGGCACUGUGGACGACGAGGAAGGCACUUUUUCCGAAAAGGACCGCGCGGCGCGCAAGAAGGUCGGGUCGACGCGUGCGCCGGACGUUGUGCGACCGACGAUCUCCGUCGUCGCCCCAGUAGCACCCGUCAAAGUACUCGGUCCCGUCACGACGGACCAGGGCGCAGCCGCCAAGAUUGCAUUGGACCACUUUGAAUUUGUCCCGACGACCCUCGACAUCAUGGCAGGCGAGACGGUCGUCUGGUCGGUGAGUGCGCUGGGCAUGGUUGAACACGCGUUGCAACUGACAGUGUCGGCACCGGACAGUGCCGAUGCAACGGUGCUGACACCGCCUCUGCGAUCGGGGGACUCGGUCGCCUACAUAUUUCCCCACGCCUGUGUCGUCGACGUCGCGUGCUCCGUUUACGACGUCAAGGGCCGGGUUGUCGUCCAUGACGCAUCAUCGGACGUUCUCGUCGUCGGCGACGUCGAGUGCCCCGUCGUUGCGCCGCCCGCAGAGAGCAGUGCGAUCUUGCGACUGCUCGCGACGGCCCAUGAAAAGCACGAAAUGCGGCGCACGAGUUAUAUGGCACCCCCCGCAGCAGCGAUUCCCGGCUUUGACGCGUUGGCCGCCUACGAUUUUCUCAAACAACGUGCGAACAACGUCAAGCUCGACAGCAAUGUGGUCUACGCGUGCCCGCCAGCGUGCUGA